AUGCCACCGAAGCAGUCCACCGCUGGAGUCUCUCGCGGCCGUCCCCUCGGAUCCAAGAAUAAGGCUGCACCAUCAGCGGCUGCCACUAAGAAGCACAGUGCGGCUGCCAAGGGGACGAAGCGAGCCCAGCCCAGCCCGUCUCCCGAGGGCCGGCGACGCGACGGAUCCCAGGAGGCCACGGAGACCGAUCAAGACAUGGAUGAUGAUGAAGAUGACGACAACGAGGAGCCGGAGAAGACUAUCCCAUCUGAGCUGCUGACACGCAUCCUGCACGAGUUUUUCGAGAAGGACGGCACGCGGAUCACCAAAGAUGCAAACAACGCCCUCGCCAAGUACAUGGACAUUUUCGUCAAGGAGGCUAUUGCGCGCGCCGCGGCUGAGAGGGAUGGCGGUUUCUUGGAGGUCGAGGAUCUCGAGAAGAUCGCGCCGCAACUGUUAUUCGACCUGUGA